AUUUCAACCCAAAUCCAGAGCGAACACUUCACAAUUUAUUUGAAAUCUGCAAUUUGUUUCCUUCCUUCGAAAUCCUAGAAUCGAUUGAGCAAAAAGAUCUGAAGCUAUAACAGCGUGAUCCAAAACGUGUCGAUAUUUCGCCCAAUGUUUGUCCAUAUUUUGCUUGGAAAUACUUGGCCAAUUUGGCCCCUGGCAUUUUCAGAGAAUUUAAAUACUGAGUUUCUGUAUUCUCUUUAAUUCCCGUAUUUUAGACACUAAAUUUUCUUGAGGCUCAUUCACGAUAGUGACCAGAUUAGAGUUUUAUUGAACUUGGCUGGCAAACUGGCUGAUAAAAUCUAUGGUUUGUUAUUCUAAAUUAUUUUUCACCCGGGAGACUUUGUUUGAAACUGUCAGAUUGUCUUAUUGUUUAUUCUGGGUUUGAAUCAACAAGUUUUUGCAUUAAACGUAAAUUAAGGGAUAUAUCUUUUCUUUGACAUAUUUUUGUGUUAAUACUUAAAAGUUGAAUAUUAGUCUCAAUGUCUCAACUUUCUAAUAACUUUUAUUAAUAGUCACUGAAUUUAAAUUUUUUCUGCAAAAAAAACAAAACCAGCAGAAAACCAUUAUUAAAAUUCCAAUUUACCGAUACUCGACAUUUGUUAGAUUUAUUUACUUCGAGUUAUAUUUUUUAGUUCAUUUUUAUUACAUUAGAGGAAAUUUUUGUUACAUUAAACAAAGAAACCAAUUCAAUUUUAUGAGCAAUAAUUGUAAAAACAAACAUAAGUGUACUAUUUUGUCUUGAUUCAGUUACUUCGUUUACUUACAAAUUUGAAGCAAUAGCAAAAAACUUAGGUUGUUUUGGCUCAAAAUGCUUCUAGAUUUGAUAAUUAGCGUUACAAGUGUGUUGCUUCUGAAUGUGGAGUUUUCCACUGGCCGUGAAAUGUCCCAGCGACUGACUGUUAGCCGGAUGCUGGACCAGAUGUUCCCAAACUACGACAAAACACUCAGGCCCCAAUUCGGUGGUCCUCCGGUGGAAGUGGGCGUGACCACCAAUGUGGACUCGCUGGGGCCGAUUGACGAGGUGAAGAUGAACUUCAGAAUAGACCUGUCCUUCAGACAGUACUGGAAGGACGAGAGACUCAAGUUCACUGCUGUGGAGGCACAGCCGCUCUACAACAAACCACUCACUCUGUCACAUGACUUCCUGAAGCGCAUCUGGGUUCCGGACACCUACUUCCCCGACUCCCUCUCCGCCUCGAAGCAGGAUGUCAUGGUACCCAAUGUCCUCAUAAGACUAUCCCCCGACGGGUCCAUUCUCUACAGCAGUCGGACGACAGUGAUUGCCAAAUGCCCCAUGGAUUUGGAAAUAUUUCCGAUGGACACUCAGACGUGCAAGCUCCUCAUAGAGUGCUAUGGAUACACUACAGACGACUUGACCUUGAACUGGCACGAGGGCAAUGACAGCGUGACCUUCAGUGACAUCUACAUGGCACAGUUCCACAUGAAGACUUUCCAGCUCACAAGGUUUGAGCUGCACUUCUCAACUGGGAUUUUUGCGGACUUGCAGAUCACUUUCCUGUUCAAGAGGGACUUGCUCUACUUCAUCCUACAGAGCUACAUACCAUCCACCAUCAUUGUCGUCUGUUCGUGGAGGGACUUGCUCUACUUCAUCCUACAGAGCUACAUACCAUCCACCAUCAUUGUCGUCUGUUCGUGGAGGGACUUGCUCUACUUCAUCCUACAGAGCUACAUACCAUCCACCAUCAUUGUCGUCUGUUCGUGGAGGGACUUGCUCUACUUCAUCCUACAGAGCUACAUACCAUCCACCAUCAUUGUCGUCUGUUCGUGGAGGGACUUGCUCUACUUCAUCCUACAGAGCUACAUACCAUCCACCAUCAUUGUCGUCUGUUCAUGGAGGGACUUGCUCUACUUCAUCCUACAGAGCUACAUACCAUCCACCAUCAUUGUCGUCUGUUCGUGGAGGGACUUGCUCUACUUCAUCCUACAGAGCUACAUACCAUCCACCAUCAUUGUCGUCUGUUCGUGGAGGGACUUGCUCUACUUCAUCCUACAGAGCUACAUACCAUCCAUCAUCAUUGUCGUCUGUUCGUGGGUAAGUCCAAUCAGAUCACUUUCCUGUUCAAGAGGGACUUGCUCUACUUCAUCCUACAGAGCUACAUACCAUCCAAAUCAUCGUCGUCUGUUCGUGGGUAAGUCCAAUCAGAUCACUUUCCUGUUCAAGAGGGACUUGCUCUACUUCAUCCUACAGAGCUACAUACCAUCCACCAUCAUUGUCGUCUGUUCGUGGAGGGACUUGCUCUACUUCAUCCUACAGAGCUACAUACCAUCCACCAUCAUUGUCGUCUGUUCGUGGAGGGACUUGCUCUACUUCAUCCUACAGAGCUACAUACCAUCCACCAUCAUUGUCGUCUGUUCGUGGAGGGACUUGCUCUACUUCAUCCUACAGAGCUACAUACCAUCCACCAUCAUUGUCGUCUGUUCGUGGAUCACUUUCCUGUUCAAGAGGGACUUGCUCUACUUCAUCCUACAGAGCUACAUACCAUCCACCAUCAUUGUCGUCUGUUCGUGGGUGGCGUUCUGGAUCAACCGAGAAGGAAUCCCCGGCCGAGCCUGUCUGUCAAUCACAACUGUGCUGUCGCUCAUCACCCUGAUUGGGUCGACCAACUCUAAACUGCCCAAUGUGUCUGCAGUAAAGGCACUCGACGUCUACUUCUUCAUCUGCUUCGGAUAUGUGUUCGGGGGGUUGUUGGAGUUCGCAACCGUCAUAUAUCUCAGCUCGAAAGAGAAGAAGUUGAGCGCGGCCAUAGCAGCUAGAAGGAAGAAACAGCAGGAGUACCUGACUGCUCUGAACCAAGUGAAGGACAACAGCCUCCUUCAGGAUCUAGACGUGUACAUACUCACUAAUGCGCUAGAGAUGCAAUUUGGCCAUCUGUCUGACUUCGAAACACCCUCCAUGUCGCCUCUCGCUGCCAUUUUAUCCGAGCACCAAAAUAAACAACAACAACUGGGACACGCAUUCGAGAACAGCAAACGCAAAGACAUGCUCAAGAGAGUAUCAGUAGCUUCUGCUCUCCAACCCCCACCAGCUGAUUCGGACCCCCCUAAACUCUACAUUACAGCUACUAGAAUCGAACUGUUCAGUCGCGUUUUCUUCCCCAGCUCCUUUUUCACAGUGUUCACUAUUUACUGGUUGUAUUAUUAUGUGUAUAUGUCCAAUACUCGCAUACUACCAAGUGAUGCCGAUUGAUUGUUAAUAAGUUAUUAUUUCGAAACAUUAAUUUCAGUCAAGGAAAAUUUUGUUCGCCGAUAUACGUUAACUCUUUUUAUGAUGAAUUUUUGUUUGUGUCUAACUAUGAGUAGCGCAGUAAAAGUGAUUCAGAAUUUUAAAAAAAAACGACUAAAAAUCACAGAAAAAAAAACAAUUUUGUUAAUUAAUUUAAGUUAAGGGAACUAUUGGCGAGUCGGAAAAAAUAAUUGUUGUUGCAAGUUUUUUUUUCAGUCUUUU